GAAACAGACUGAUAAUACAGCAGCUCCAUUAUAUCGAUUCGACAAUUUAGACCCAAAGCCUGUUGGAAAUUGCCUCUUUUGUGACAACGCAAAUCUUCCCCUAGGGUCCUUACGGCUAUUUUGAGAAAUGCUAUAUCACUAUCUGCGGCGGUCCCGCCAUUUCGUUACGCCAUGUAGAACAUACUCCACGAUGUCGAACUAUUAUAGCUCGCUUCCUUCAAGCGCAACUCCGUCAUCAAGGUCGGAUUUUCCCAAGCCAGCCAAGCGACUUGCAGAGAGGCGCUCGGUUCGAAUUCCAGAUUUGUUUUCUUCAAUAAUGGCCUCCAAGCCAAUAGUAAACCCGAAUUAUUUCAAGGCCAGAGCCGAAAGCAAUAGAUGGAUUACAAAAGUCAUGAAAAUGGACGAGAAAACCAGCGCCCGAAAUGUAGGAAUGGAUUUCUGUUAUCUCAUGUCCAUACGUGCACCGGACGCUGAUGAAGAAGCGCUAAAAAUGAUAACUAAUUGGGUUCAGUGGGUAUUCUAUUUUGACGACCAGUUUGACGAGGGCCACUUAAGGGACGAUCCUGCUGCAGCGGAAGAAGAAAUUGACAAAACUACGGCUAUCAUGGAUGAGGCCGCGCCACUAGUUACACCGACCGAGAAUCCAAUCCGACACAUUUUCCAGACGUGCUGGUUACAGUUCAAGCAAAGGGCGUCCCCAGAGCUCCAACAACGGUAUAAAGUUGAAAACAAGAGAUUUUGUGACGGGAUAUUGUUGCAGGUACAGCAGUUGGCUAGAGGGGAGAUCCUCAGCCGUGACGUACCGACGUAUCUGAGUGACCGCAGAGGCUCAGUAGGAGUCUACCCGGCUGUCCCUAUAGUAGAGUACGCCCAUGAUAUUAAGCUGCCGUAGAGUGUUUUCAGGCACAGCUCUAUGCAGGAAUGUAUGCGUGUCUCAGCCGAGCUUACACUUUUGGUGAAUGACGUUCUAUCAUACCAGAAAGACUUGGUAAA